CUAACAGGGAAAGCAGAAGAGAGCGCCCAGAGCACACAGUUUGAAAGGUUGCCAAAAGUCAAGAAACUGAUAUCUUUCCCAGAAAAACAAUAGAAGAUAAAAAAAUAAAAAGGCUCUGAAAGGAACUACAUGUGGAGAUUACUACAGCAAUUUCAAGUAAAACAACUUUUAAAGAUUUGGAUUGAAUUAUCAAAUGAUUGGCAGUAAAAGAACGAAACAGAGAAUAAGGCUGAUGGAUCUACCAUUAUCUGUGGUGCAUGUUAUAGUGAUCACAGUUGCAACACUGAUGUUCAUUCAAGGUGCAUAUGGAAAGGCGCUUCCUGGAUAUUUUGAAUCAUUACAAAUAUUAUCCAAUGACGAAGCUCCUCAGUCAGAAAUCCAAAUGAAAUCUAAAAGAUGGCCGUCAAACGAAUAUGCAAAAGGCAACGCUUGGUGGACCAAAAAAUCUGUCACGACACACCUACAGACUGAGGCAAAUGAGGCGACCCUAGAGAAUACCGGUAUGGAAGAAUGCCUGCAGAAAGUGUGCAACCCUCUCUUCGUCUACUGCGUCAAGAGUGCCAGCACCUAUGUACAUGAAUGUUUAGUGCUACACAAGACGUGUAUCGACAGAUGCACAUAUAUUAAGGAAGCGCCUCUGGAACUGAAUGCGACUUAUUAGUGCCACCAUUGGUUUUUUCAUCACUAACCAUCAGUAUUGGAUAACCGUUUUGGCUAACCGCCUACUUGGCUACUUGGGAUUGGUGUCAACGACGAAAAGCUUUGGGUGUUUUGAAAGGAAAGACCUCACCUUUUUAAGUCAUGGACUUGUAUUCAUUGGGAUGUCAAAUUGCUAUUUCGGAUAAGCCGGAAUUACUUCAAACAUUCUUAACCAAAAUGCACUGUCAUUUGAACUUGUACUGUAUCGAUGAUCAAAUUUAUGAAGGAACUUUUCAACGUUCUAUACUGGAGAUGCGCUUUAUAAGUAAAAUGUCUUCUCAGUAUCGGGGGCACCUGGUCUUUUUAUCGCUUUCAAAGGAGAUGAUUAUAACUUUGUCUCUUUUUCAAAAUGUUUGUACAAGAUUUUUAAAAAAAUAAGCGAAAACGAUUUCUUUUUGGUUUUCCUCUUACAACUGUAUGUUUGAUGGCAAUUCAUUUAAAUUGUGUUACUAGUGAGUCACUUUUUGCGUAAUUUGUAUUAAAAAUACACAUUUUAUCUGUUAAAACUUCCCAAUGUCUAUUAGUGCAACCAUUUUGGGCACCUUUUCAUCAUACUAGCACAAAAUCUUUUAUAGGAUCUGUGCCUAGCAGACAUGGAAUUCCACCGAUUCGAUUUAAAUGGAAAAGAAUGAAGGUCAACUCCACCAAAAUGUUAAAUAAAAGAACGAAAAAAGCUGUCAUUGUGAUCUCAUAUCAUGAUAUUCCACGUUGUACCGAA